AAUUUGUCAUCUUUGUGUUUCUUCCAGUGUUUAUCAUCCGUAGCCACUGCUCUGCAGAGCGGCUUUUGCCUUACUGUGAGCCUGUCUACCCAGCGCUGUGUCACUCUAGUCCAGAAGACACUAGCUCAGGCUAUGAUGUACAACCAGCAUCCAGACCAGUACGAGGCUCCUGACAAGGAUUUUAUGAUCGUUGCCCUGGAUCUGCUGAGCGGCCUGGCCGAGGGUUUGGGGGGGAAUGUGGAACAGCUGGUUUCCCGCUCCAACAUUAUGACUCUCCUUUUCCAGUGCAUGCAGGACACAAUGCCUGAAGUGAGGCAAAGCUCGUUUGCUCUGUUGGGUGAUCUAACUAAGGCCUGCUUCGUCCAUGUGAAGCCUUGUAUUGCUGAGUUCAUGCCGAUCUUGGGGCUCAACCUGAACCCAGAAUUUAUCUCUGUGUGCAACAACGCCACCUGGGCCAUUGGGGAGAUCUCCAUGCAAAUGGGUGAGAAAGCAGCAAUUACAAUUGGCAGACUGGGUUAUGUUUGUCCGCAGGAAGUGGCACCACAGCUGCAGCAUUUUAUAAGACCAUGGACUUCGUUUUCUUCUGCGACGCUGUGGCCUCGUGGGUCAACCCCAAGGACGACCUGAGAGACAUGUUUUAUAAGAUCCUUCAUGGCUUCAAAGACCAGGUCGGAGAAGAGAACUGGCAGCAGUUCUCUGAGCAGUUCCCCCCUCUGUUGAAGGAGCGUCUGUCUGCCUGCUACGGUGUCUAACCCAAACUCCCCCUGGUCCACACAGGACACAGACCUGUUAGGUUAAUGUAGGGGUAAUGCCCCUUUAGGCUGAAUACUGACGGGCGACUCCUCUAGGUUUAACUGGUAGGCGAGUGUUUUGACGUGAGGUGGCCACUCAUUCAUCAGGGGCAGGACAGAUGCUCCUGUGCCACAAAGAAUUGGAGGAAAAGGCUUUACCUCUCCUCACUAUGUUGUGAUACACUACGCUACAGAAUAAAAUUUAAAUGCAAGUUUGUCCAAAAGUUAUUUUGUUUGUUUUUCUUUUAUUUUGAUGUAUAUGUGACAGUUAAGUUUUAUUUAUUUAUUUUUUUGUGCUCCAGUGCACAAAUUGUUUUGGACUUUAAAAGUUUUUUUUUUUGUUCUUUUUAUUUAAAGAAUAACUUGUUUUAUUUGUUUUAUAGCGGACCAUUUGUUUAUAUCAAAUUUGAUGUUGUGGUCGGACUGAAGGCGAGUCGGUGCUUGGUGCAUACCUUAGGGAAGAAUGUGGAAAAACUAAUUCAUAACUUGUUUCAAUCUCGUAUAAAGGCUGGCAAUUGAAUUUGAUGUAGUACCAUUUUUUGCUGAACUGUGGUGCAGGUGGGAUAUAUCCCUUUUUAUUACAUUUUUGUGAAUAGGGGAAAAUAAAAGUGUUUUUCUAUUAAA